UCAUUAAGAUUCAAAAUUGCUCUUGUUGGAUUUUUCGGAGGAGCCAACAUCUUCAUACAGAGAAGCAAUCUGAGUAUAGCUAUUGUAUGUAUGGUGAAUCACACUGCAGUUGAUGAACUGAUACUAUCACAAACUGAUCUCUACUGGAACAGUAGCCGUGAUAAUUUGAAUGCUGCUGCUCAUCAGAAUGAGACAUCUGAUGGUGAAUUCGUUUGGACUAAAGAGACUCAAGGCUUGCUACUGGGUGCUGUAUUUUGGGGUUAUGUGAUAUUUCAGAUGAUUGGUGGAUUGAUAGUCGAGAAAGUUGGCUUACGACAUGGUGUUGGCCCAUUUAUCAUCUUGUUAUCGAUCUUAACUUUCUUGUCUCAUCCAGCUGCUUUGUGGAGUCCAUGGGCUUUAUUUGCCGUUAGAUUUCUGCUUGGAGUAACUUGUGCUGUUUGUAUGCCUGGAUUAUUCUUUCUUUUGUCCAACUGGGCACCGCUUGAAGAGAAAAGUCGCUUCACCAGUAUAGUAUUCAAUGGUAAUGUUGUUGGUAAUGCGGUGAUAUUUCCUAUCGCCGGUCUAUUAUGUUCUCAUGGUUUUGCUGGUGGAUGGCCGUCCAUAUUUCACGUUUCUGGAAUUUUCAGCUUUGUUUGCAGUAUAAUGUGGUACAUUUUUGUAUACGACACGCCCGAUGAACAUCCAUUUAUAAGCUGUGCUGAACGAGACUAUAUCAAGUCGUCACUCGAGAUGAAAAAAUCAACAAUUCAAAUGAAAACACCCUGGUGUAGCAUUAUAACAUCGAUUCCAGUAUAUGCGGUGGUCUGUGCCCACAUUUCAACUAGCUGGGGGUUGUAUUUGAUGCUAAGUAAUUUACCUAUGUAUAUGAGAGAAAUUUUGAAAUUCGAUGCGACAUCGAAUGGUUUGUUUACGAUGUUACCUUAUAUUUGUAUGUCAAUGGCAUUAUUAUUAUACGGUCUUGCUUUAGACAAGUUAACCAAACGAUUCGGUCACAGCAUAUCCAGAAGAUCAUCAGCUGCUUUAGAUUUUAUUUUAGGUAUGAUAUUGCCAGCUGUUUUGAUGAUUGGAAUAAGUUAUCUAGAUUGUCAAUACGCCGUAUUAUCUAUAGCUUUCCUGUGUGUUACUAUAGCCUGUUUUUCUCUGUUGUUUAGUGGCGUUUUAGUCAACGUCUUUGAUAUUGCACCGCGAUAUGCAGGCCAGAUAAUGACUUUUAGUAACACCCUGAGUAAUAUUACAGGGAUAAUCACACCAUAUGCAGUAGCAAAAUUCACCCCUAACAAUACGUUAGCAGAGUGGCAGAAAGUGUUUUUCUUAUCAGCAGGAAUUAUUGGACUUGGUGGUAUUCUGUUCAUCAUAUUCGCCAAAACAGAAGUUCAGAAAUGGGCGAUUGAACAGUCUGAAAAUGACUCUAAGAAAAUAGAAGUGACGAAGUAUUGA